AAAACACUAAAGUACACAAGUUUGUAAAGAAAUUAAGCAAGCACAAUGACAGAAGCAAAGGUUCUCCGUAUGAACGCAGCAGAUCAUGAAAUUAGCUAUGCUAAUAAUUCAGUUCUUCAAAAAGCAGUGAUAUCAAAGAUAACACCAAUCAUUGAAGAAUCGGUCAGAGAUAUGUUCAAGGAAAUGGCUCCAGCUUGUAUAAAGGUGGCAGACUUGGGAUGCUCUUCAGGACCUAACACCUUCCACACUAUAUCUCAAGUUAUAGACACUAUCCAUGGGAUAUGUAAGCGAGAAGCGUUGCAAUUUCCAGAGUUUGAAGUGCUUCUAAAUGAUCUCCCGGACAAUGACUUCAACUCUGUGUUCAAGUCGGUUCCUGAUUUCAUUGAGAGGCUGAAGAAAGAGAAAGGAGAUAUGGUACAAGAAAGGUGUUUUGUAGGAGGAGUUGCGGGCUCUUUCUAUGACAGACUCUUUUCAACUACAAGCCUUCACUUUGUCAAUUCUUCCUAUGCGCUUCAUUGGCUCACAAAGCUCCCAGUUGGGCUACAGAACAAUAAGGGAAACGUAUACAUGGCAAGAUCAAGUCCUCCCAAUGUCUUCCAAGCUUAUGCGGACCAAUUUCAGAAAGACUUCACGAAUUUUCUAAGCUUGCGCUCCAAAGAAAUCAUACCCCAAGGCCGUAUGGUGCUAACCUUUAUGGCUAGGAAAAAUACCGACCCUUCCGACGAAGACUAUGGUUGGGAGCUUGUUGCUAAAUCACUUGUUGAUUUGGUUGCACAGGGACUUGUAGAAGAGACAGAUGUGGAUUCAUUCAACCUUCCUUUUUAUACACCUUGCAAAGAAGAAGUGGCUGAGAUUGUCUCGAAGGAAGGAUCAUUUGAAAUUACUGAUCUGCAAGUUUUCGAAGUGGACGCCGAUCCUGUAAAUACAAAUGAGAUACUCUGUAACAAAGACUUCGGUUUCAACAUUUAUACGCAAAUGGGGAAAAAUAUUGCGAAUACCAUCAGAGCCGUUAUAGAGCCAAUGAUCUGCAGUCAUUUUGGAGAUGCUAUAAUCGACAAGUUAUUCACAAGGCUUGCUGCAAAUGUGGAGGACGUUUUAAUUGAUUCCAUGCUCAAUAGGAGGGUUAACAUUGUAGUUUCCUUGAAAAAGAAGUAGUUAAUAAAGGAAUUGAUGGCUCAAAAGGCAACGGAUAAUGAAAGGUUUCUCAAUUAAAAUUUUUAAAUAUAUUUUGAGUUUGAACAUGUGGGUUUGAUGUUGUAUUCUCUCUCUCUAUAUAUAUAAAUAAAAGUUGGUUUUGUAGCAAAA